GCGCUCGACACUCCCCGUGUGUCUCUGUAAAAGACGCCCUUCUGUUUGACGUGAUCCCUGUCAUUCCGCGUUCAUUGGAUUGCCGCUCCGGAUUACGCUCCUCUCUCGGUCCCUCGUCAUCUCCCGUCUCUCUUCACAAUCACAAUGGAUCACUCCAGAGAUCCCUGUCCCUGGGUUGCCCUGAGCGACUUCGGUGGUGCUUUCUGUAUGGGUGCGAUCGGUGGUGCCGUCUGGCACGGUGUCAAAGGUUUCCGAAACAGCCCCUACGGCGAGCGACGGAUAGGUGCCCUCACAGCCAUCAAGGCCCGCGCGCCCGUCCUCGGUGGUAACUUCGGUGUAUGGGGUGGUCUGUUCUCGACUUUCGACUGCGCGAUCAAGGGAAUCCGGAAGAAGGAGGACCCUUACAAUGCUAUCAUCGCUGGUUUCUUCACUGGUGGUUCCUUGGCUGUCCGUGGUGGUGUCAGGGCUGCUCGGAACUCGGCCAUCAUGUGUGCUGUGUUCCUGGGUGUCAUUGAGGGUGUCGGUAUCGGCUUCCAGAGAAUGAUGGCCGACAACACGAAACUAGAGCUCCCUCCUCCCCCUCCCUCUCCCGAAAAGGCCGUCGCCUAAACUCCGUCGACGACCAUCUUAUGAUAUCCUGUCGCUGUGUCCGUAUAUGCUAUAUUAUUAUCACGUCUCUCUUCUCAGGUGUUGGGUGGGUCAUUUGGGCUUCAGUAUAGAGGUUGCGUUGAAUUGUGCUUCUAUCAGCUCUCGACUUCUUUUCUUUUUUCUAUCUUACCCUAUUUUAUUACUUAUUGUGGAGCAUGUUUUAUGGCGAUUGGAUUGUUCAGCCUUUGCAUCCCAUGUUUUUUUGUGACCGGAGACGACAAAAAAAAAGCGGAAGUGCCGGCUGGUC